AUGGCUGCCCGGAUUGACGUCAGCGAUUCAUGCAUGUCUGCGUGGCCACAUGAGUAUGACCGAAGUCGCGGGGCAGAGCUUUGUAGCAACGUUCGGAUUCCUCGAAAGUUUGAGGAUGCCGAGGUGGAAAACAAACAUCGCGCUCGGGAGUUGCUAGAUCGAGCACUUCAAAACAGGAGAGAUCGAAAGCAACAGGAGGCCACUCAACAGCGUCAACAUCGCCAACGCGUUCUGCUGGACCAGCUUUGCAACAAGUGUUUCACAAAGGAACUCGCCGCAGAUCCUGUUCCAGGAGAAACGUUCUGGAAGCGUCACGCGUUUUCUGCACGAGCUAGACAUCAUGUUGAGGAUCCUCGGGAAAGCGUUCAUGUGUCUGUUCGCAAAUCACAGCUUUAUCGCGAGCUCGCUCGGCGAGCUCCGGCACAUGUAGAUGAUUCGAUCAGAGCCGUUCUUGGUGAUGAGGCAAUGAGGGACGAGCCAUCCGCACACCCUGCAAGAUCGUUCGUGGGCAUCGAGAGCGAAGCCUUUGAGGUUAGCUAUGACUUGAGGGAGCCUUAUGUCAUGGCUUACAACAGCGCAUCGGCAGGCAUCCAGCGCCAGGAAAAGUGGAGCUCGCACGGUGAGCUCGCCAGGAGCGUCAAGUUUCCAAAGGUCAGGGUUCGACAUGGCCAUGAUGAGACGGAGCUCAAGAUGGCGAAUUCUGCAGAAAUCCUGGACAACCUAGCAGGGGGUGGUGCAGGCAUUGCCCACAAGAUCUUGGAUCUGAGGGAGCGAGGUGCCCCGUGGGACCACAUCAGUCAGUUUGCUGCCAUGGCCCAGGCGGCCGCGUUUGAGAUGCCCAAGGAGAUGGCUCUCAAAGUGGUGGCGUGCCUUGCAGAGGCCGCAGCAAAUGCCGAGGAAGAUGCGUCACCUCAUGCGACCGACGGGCCAACGCAACAUGCGCAGGCUUCUGCGGCUUCUGAGCACCUUUGCAACUGUGCGAUGUCCGUGCUGGCAUCUGCCGCGGCAAGAGCUCGAGAUGCUCACGAUGUGGAGUUCCCUCUUUGUGGACUUGAAGUCAUUGCAAAGACUGGCCUCGGGUGGGCAGCCUUCUCGAACAUGUUCUUGGUCGCAAUCUUUUCGCAGUUGCAGCGCUCUCAUCAGGAGGCAAACCUGCAGAUGUCCUGGGAAGCAGCAGACCGAGUCAGCAAGGUGUUUUGUUGGGCUGCGGACCGCCAUGGAGACCUUGUGGGCAAAUUGGCACCUGCAGGUAGACGAGUUGCGAGGGCUGCACAUCGGGCGCUGAGUGGAGACGUGCAGCAGAAUGAGGAUACAGGCAUGCUAGCAAAGCUGGCUCUGCUUGAAAGCCUUGCCGCAAGACCAUCCAUUACAUAG